AUAAUAUGUCAUUUUUUGUCCGUUGUAUGACGUAAAGACAAACCAGUUUCAAGUUUGUUUGAAAUUUGAAUUCUUUUUGUGUGUUGAGUUGUUUUUAAGUUAUAUGUGUGCUUGUUAUUGUGAAUAAUAUUGAAAUACAUUAAAAUUAUUACAAUCCUUAUUAUCACAUUAUAGUCCUUAGAAAUAUCGUGUACAACCAUGGAGAAAACACAAGACGUAUUUACGAUAGAGAAUUUCUUAAGCAAUUGGAAUGGGUACUUUUCCGAUUGCCAACUAACGGCAGCCGACCUGAAGACACCACACGCCGUGAUGGGCGCCUUGUUUCAGAUUAUCGGUAGACUUGGCAUAGAUAUUGAUGCUGUACUCGCACCACCACCACAGGAUAUGCACAAUGACAACACAAUGUACUAUUGGGACUUGCUUCCUGUCAUCAACAUGACUCGAGUCAUCAACUAUUUGGUGCUGGACAAGCCUGCCUCAUCAUGCCAAGUGUUCACUGCCAGCAUCAUAAACCUCUUGCAACCAACAGCAGCAACAUCCCACUCUAUACUUGCACUCAUGUAUAAUCUGAUGCUGUUCAAUGAAGACAAGCUAGGUCACAUCGCUCCGCACGAGCAAGAGUUGUUUGAGAAAACUAAUCAGGUUAAAGCACUAGAAGAUCAUAAGAACAAACUGUUGGUAAGGCUGAAUGAACAAGCUGAAGAGAAAGGAAAACGCGCUCAGAGAUUAGAAACGCAUGAACAAGAUAUACAGCAGUUUGAAGAAGAGCUCAAACAAGAGAAAGAGAUUUACGAUGAAGAGAAGCAAGAAUUAGAGGCAUUAAUAAAAGAGAAGAGGCAGAUAGAUAUGUUAUUAGAGCAGAAGAAAGGGCACAGAGACGCAUUGCUUGCAGAAAUAGCUCGGAACAAGGCCCUAAGGGUCUAUGAUGCAGAGGACAUUAAGGCACAAGUGGAACAAGUAGCACAGAAUGUGAAGGAAGCAGAAGAAAAAUUAGAAAACCUCAGGGCGACAUUGAUGCAAAAAGAGAAUAGUUUGAAAAACUUGCAGACUGUAAAACCCAGUUUGGAUGUUGCAAACAAUUUGUUACACGACAUCAUGAAGCUGUCCGAUAGUUUAAAAGACAUCGAGAGUGGCGACCUUGAUUCCGACAGUAAAGAGGGCGAGCUAGAGGUUCUAAGCACAGAGUUGAGUGAGCUGCAAGUACAACUGUGUGAACUGCAGACUGCCCGGCACGAGGCGAGCCUCAAGCGACAAGAGGCGCAGGCCAAGCGACAUGAGGAGAAAACAUUUGCAUUGAGCGCAUUAAGGGAGGCAGAGGAAAAAGACAAAAAAUCUCGUGAACGCUCCAAAAAGGACACGCAGCGUACAGAAGAAAUUAAGGAAUUGCUUACCAAAUACGAAGCAGAGAAGUCUAAGGGCAUUGAGGAGCUACUGUCAAUCAAGAAUAAGUUUUGUGCAGAGUUAAAAUCUGCAGACGACAUUUUAUUGAAGAAAGCAAUGGAAGUAGAGAAAAGGAUUGGAGAUAAAUUACGUCAUCGGCGCUCGUAAAGUUUAAAUUAUGCAAUGUUUGAAGUUUUAAUCAUGUUCAUAUUAAAGCUAAAUAAUAAACAU